CUCAGUGUAGAAUGGCGGCUCUUUUGGAAUCGGUGCUGCUGGAGGAGGUGGAGGCGAGUCGGGUCGUGAGCUGGAUCAAAAAUGUGCAGCUGGAGAAUGGCAGCUGUGACAGCCUGGCUCAGUUUUCUGUGCUCCGGAGAGAUUUUGUCCCAUUCCUGCUCAACUUCCUCCGCGAGCAAGCAAGCCAGAUCUUGGCCAAUGGGCCUUCCACCCCAGCCAAGACCCCCAGCUCCAAGGGACUGAGGACCCCCGGGUACCCCAGCGAUCGGAGUGGAGUCUCUCAGAGUGGCCAUGCGCCCCUGAAAGGAGCCAGCCGGGUGCAGCUGUUCUCGCCACCCCCUUGCAGUCCUGCGCAGCCUGAGUUUGACACGCCAGGCUCCCAGUAUCUCAGCGGGGUCACCUCUUUGAGCAGCCCCAGCUUCACGGCCAGCCCUGCAGCCAGGAGGUCUGACCAGAGAGCCAGCCUGGGAGAAUUCCUUCCCUCCUCCCCGGACCUCCAGCCUCCUCAGCGCCGCGGCAGGAGACGGAGCGGCGGUCCGUCCAGCAGUGGAGGCCGGCAGCCAGGCAGGGAGGCGGGACGCGGGCUUAAUGAGGAGACGGGGCGCUGGGACAGGGGAGGCAGGACUGAGACCUCCAUCACCCCCCCUCCACCCCAGCUCAACAUCAACAACCUGGAGGACUUCCCUCCUGUGGGGGCCAUCCCUACACCAGCUGGAAGCAAGACGAAGCCAUCGCGACGGAUCAACCCGACACCGGUGAGUGCAGAGCGACCCCGUUCUAAACCAAAGAACUGCUUCACCUCCACCCCGCUGAGCCAGCCACCCCCCUCCCCCACCAUCCCAGAGUCCCUGAGGGCAGCGACGGACUGCUGGCUGCAGGAGGAGCGGGAGAUGCUGCGCAGAGAGAGAUCCAAGCUGUCCCAGCAGACCAGCUCUCCAGGACUCCCCCCUGCCCUUGAACCCAGCACCCCUACCAAGCUGGGCUCCAGCAGAACCAGCUCCAGUGGGUCGGCGGACCUCCACUCUCCCACCGCGGAUUUGCACAAAGUCUCCUCCGCCUGCCAGCUGGACCUGUUAGCUGAGCUGCACUGCGCCUGCAUCGCGGAGAAUCUGGUGCCCAAUGUCUUCCUGGAGCUCUUCUUCGUGCUUCAGCUGCUGACGUCCCGCGGAUCGGCUCCUUCUGAGGAGCGGCAAGGGUGUCCGGCAGCCUGCAGGGAUGUGUUGGACAGGCCCUACUUUAACAGCGUGCACAACUGUGUGUACUUUGCAGUCAAGGUCCUGGAAAGGCAUUUUGAUCUUAUCUCCCAGCUGGAUAAAUGCACACUGCGGCUCCUUGCUGAGAAUGAGAGACUGGGCUCCUUCUCUCCAGCGCUGCGAGAUCGGCUGCUCACUGCCCAUGACAGCAGCUCUGCCAAGGUGUCCCGAAUAACACCAUCCUUCAUUCAGUCUGUUCCGUUCCAGCCAGCCACGGACAACCGGUCCAACUUCUAUAGCGACAAAGCGUUUCACAUCUUCAAGAAGCAGAGAGAUAUUUUCUAUGAGCUGCUGAGAGAGUGGGAGGACUUCCACAAGGAGCCGGGCUGGGUGUUCGACGUGGUGCUGGGCAGCAGAAUCAGGGGGAUGGUGAGUCAGCUGACUGCAGCCAGCAAUCACAGUCACUUUGCCAGGCUUUUCCAGAAGCAGCUCAUCCAGAUGUGCAAGGAAAUGGGUGGAGAGGCGCCUGACCUGGAUGUACUCGGCAUGCUGGGAGCGGACAACCUGAGCCGUCUAAAGAGACUGCAGGAGCGCUUCAUCCAGCCCCAGAGCAUUAUGGGACCAUGCCCCCCACCCUCCUUCCCAGGGCAUCAGGAAUUCUUCCGGGAUUUCCUCCUGGCAGCUGGCAGCUACCAGCUGAACCAGCACCUGAUGGACAGCCUGUGCCAGCAGAUCCUGGAGCUUGACUCCAUUUGUAUCCUGGGGCCUGGCAGCAGCAAGGAGGAGGGUGAGGGUGAUGUGGAGCAGCAGGGUGAGAAGCAGCGAUUCUGCUCAGUGCUGAUGACGGCUCGCCUCCUUGCCAAGUUCCUGGGUUUCAUCGUCUUCCUGCCGUACCAGACCAGGGAGCCACCAGCCAGGGGUGUGCAGGAGGCAGCCAUCGGGGUCCGCAACAAGAGUGCUCCAGUGCUUGAUGUUUGUGAGGUGCUGAGGCAGUCCAUGGUGAAGCAGCGCACGGUGCUCACGGUUCCCUGGCUGGUCGAGUUUCUCUCCAUGGUGGAUCACACUGCCCCGUACCUACUGCACUACAGGAGGGUCUUCACACUUCUGCUGCAGCUGUACAGGCGCACCUUGCUGGGGAGGGACAGAGCGGGGAGCUUCCUGAACCAGCUGCUGGUUGUUGCUGUGCUGGGCUGGCUCUUCCAGGUCCCAACUGUUCCUGAGGAUCUGUUCUUUAGUGGGGAUUUCAGAGAUGAAACUGAUGUCAUUGAAACACCAGCUCCCACUCAAGGACUGGAUUGUCUCCCCCUGGUGGACCAGCAGUUGCUUUACAUCUGUUGCCCAUAUCUUAGCGAGUUCCGCAAACUGCUAGCUGCGUUUGUAGCAGGAAGUGCAGCGAAGAACGGGGGCUUGAUCCGCAAAAUAACACCAACCGCCGCAGAGCCACUGGAGUCUCCCGCCCCAAUAUCCCAACAGAAACUACAGGCGGAGUUGGAGCAGGCGUUCUUUCACAACCAACCCCCGUCACUGCGCCGUACCGUGGAGUUCGUAGCAGAGAGAGUCGGGUCAAAUUCUGUCAAACACAUCAAAGCCACGCUGGUCUCGGAGCUGGUGCAGUCCGGAGAGGCUCAGCUGCGAGGAAAGCUGAGGGAUGAGAAGGCGAGCGUGGCCAGGCUCUUUGACACCGUGUGCACCCAGCUGUGUGAGAGGGGCAGGCAAGCACUCAGCAGAGCCAGAGAGUUUUGCAGUGUGAAGAGCCCUGAAGCUGUCAGGAUUUUGCUUCCUGAAGAGACCUCUGCAGCAGUUCUGAGCACAGCGGAGGACAUUGCAGUCAGGUUAGCCACCGACAAGGCGUGCACCUGGCUCUCUGCUAAUAUCGCAGCCCUGAUUAAGCGGGAGUUGAAGACGGCCUUCGACCGGAUGAUGAAAUCCCUGCCGUCGCCUCCUGUCAGUGCCUUGUCCGAGGGGGAGACCCCGAGAGAGCACCGUGAACCCACAGCGAGCAGCCUGGAGAAGAGGGGGGCCAGCUGCCCCCCUGACUGUGAGCACAAAGCCACACUGCCCUCCGACCUCAUCAUUGAGAUCAAGGAGGUGCUGAGUGUGACGCUGGGGCCUCGGUCCCAGGAGGAGAGGGUCGGUUUCCAGCAGCUCCAGGACCUUCUGCAAAGACUGGGGGAGACGCUGUGCUGCAGGAAGUUCAUUUUUCCAGUUCCAGAGCAAAUGUUGGCCAGAUGCUCCGUCGGACUGGCUUGUGUGUUGGUGUCAGGCCAGCUGCCUCUCGGUCAACCUGAGCUCCCUGCGGAGGAGAGCAGUGUCGGGGGGAGUCCGGUCCGCACCCUGCUGAAUCAGCUCCUGGGACUGUGGACACACGUCUUCCGCACUCCCGUCCCUCUGCAGCUGCUCUUCACUGACAAACAGCUGGCUUCCGUCCUGGAGUCUGGACACACACAGUGGGAGGAGUUCCUGUUUCUUGUCAGCGAGCUGCAAGGAAGAGGACUGCUGGGGGCAGAGGAGGUGCAGAGCAGCUGGAAAAACCUGUCUGCACUGUCCUGGCCCACGGACUUCAUGGAACAAAUCAACAGGGCAGCCUGCAGACUUCAGCAGGAGCAAUACCAGGGCGUGCUGCUGCAGAACAGUGACUAAACAGCAGGGGGUGCCAGUGGAGACUGGGAUCGCUAUAUUAGAACUGACAAUGGAGCCAGUGGAGAUGCAUUGUGGUGGAGUUUCUGAAAUGCAAGGGGAGAACUUCAAGAAACCGCCUGACCCAGAAUUGCACAAAAACUCACCUCCUGCAGAUACCAGUGAUCUGGUUCAGCUGUUCAAUUGCAGUACCAAACAUGUAGACAUGCCCCACCCAAAGCUACCUGUACAUAGCAUUUAGAUUUCAUCAAUAGGUGUGCUCUUUACAAUAAGAUGGGAAUUAUUACCUAACAUAUAGUUUCCACUAUUACUUGGGAGGUAUUCCUGUUUCUCAGUGCAGGGGCAGUCCACUGCAGAUGUCGCUUGCUGCCAGCAGAAAAUGCUGCUUAAAAAACCAUCUCUCCAGCAAGAAUUGCUGCUGGGCUGUACUAGGAAAGAAAGUGGAACGUUUUCCUAAUGCAAUUCAAUACGAGUGCCUUCCAAGCCUGUUUCUGGUGAGGUGAGGGUGCCUUGCCUGCGCUGUACCAGGGGUGGGGAUGAAGACUUGCAUUCCACAGCAGUCCAAGCCAUGUCUAGGCUUUACUGAGACAUCCAAGCUGUUUCCACCUGUUCUGUUACUAGUGGCUACCCUUGCACAAUCCUUUGGCCAUUGGCUACUGUCCCUUCUGUUACCUUGGAACCCAGCCUGUUUCCAGUGUGGUUGUUGACAUGCUCUCCCUGCAUGGUGUGAUGCAGGCUGGGGGUUGCAUAAGCUGCCUUGAACCCUGAUGUUGAUGCUGUUUCUGCUUCUUUCAAUGAAUGCUGAACAAUGCAUUUGUGAUUCCUCUCUAGUUCAUAUUGGACUUCUUGUAUCUUGUUAAUCAUGUCUUUCUAAACCAAAUAUUUGAAUAAAAUGA